GGCUUUGUGGGCAGAGCCCUGACCCAGCUGCUGCGGAGCCGCGGGCACGGAGUAACCCACGUGUCUCGGCGAGGGGGCGAGGAUCGGAUCACCUGGGAAGAGUUGUCCCGCUCUGGACUGCCCCUGUGCGAUGCUGUGGUCAACUUGGCUGGUGAAAAUGUCCUCAACCCUUUCCGCAGAUGGGGUGAUGCCUUCCGCAGGGAAGUCAUCGACAGCCGGGUUGAGACCACAAAGGCCUUGGCCAAGGCCAUUGCAGAAGCUGAGCAGCCACCCCGUGCUUGGGUCCUCGUCACUGGCGUAGGCUAUUACCACGCCAGCCUCACUGCUGAGUACACUGAAGAGAGUCCUGGGGGGGAUUUUGACUUCUUCUCACGCCUGGUGAGCUCCUGGGAAGCUGCAGCUCUUAUCCCUGGGAGCCCAGCUCGUGCUGUUGUGGUGAGAUCAGGUGUGGUGCUGGGUCGAGGUGGUGGUGCAAUCUCUCACAUGCUUUGGCCUUUCCGUCUGGGACUUGGAGGCCCUUUGGGCUCUGGGCUCCAGCCCUUCCCAUGGAUCCAUAUCCGGGACUUGGCUGGGAUCAUGUGCCAUGCCUUGGAGAGUGAGAACGUGCAGGGUGUCCUCAACGGUGUUGCCCCUUCCUCCCCUGCCACCUCCAACAGUGCCUUUGCUCAGGAGCUCGCGGCAGCCCUGGGGCGCCCAGCACUGCUGCCGAUGCCUGCCUGGGCUGUGCAGGCUGUCCUGGGGGCAGAACGGGCUGCCAUGCUGCUGCAGGGACAGAGGGUGGUGCCGAAACGCACCCUGGAGAGCGGCUACCACUUCAUCUUCCCUGACCUGGCUGGAGCUCUGAAAGACAUUGUGGGUUGA